GACAAACAAAGAUGAAACACUAUUUAUCACAGCAGAUAAAUCACUGGUGGUUUGUGACUUAAAUAAAUAAAACAUAUAUUUUAACCACAAUUAUUGAACAGUUUAAUCUUGUACCAUACCUUGAAAUACAUAAAGUACCUUGUUUUUUAUCGAUAAAGCCUCUCUUUAUGUAUUUUCAGUAAUUCUGUAAUCAUCACAUGCAUGCAUGCUGAUGUGUGUCACGUGGGCUGCAGAAGUAGUUAUUUUAAAUUGACAAAAACAUAAUAUAUGACACUAACUACACAUCGAUGGUGGUCAUUAUUUCCAGUAUUAACUAAGGGCUGAUUUUUUAAUGGCUUAACAGAGGAAAUGCUACCGGAAGUUCGCCUCGGUUCGCGCAGGCUUCUGGGUAAUGUAAGGUGCAGGCGGCACACAGCACGCUGAGCACUGAGGAAAGACUGCUGUUGAAAAAAUAACUUCCGCAGUUCCGUCAGCUGGCGAGGUUGAAGGUUUUGUAUGGUACGCUGUUGGCAUGUUGAACGCUUGUUUUUGUCGUAACAAGGUUAGGUAACAAGGUAACUACGCCAGCGCUGCUGCUCUUCCUUUGCUUAAAUGACGAGCGACAUGAGUCUGAACGAGCAUUCACUGCAAGCGCUGUCCUGGAGGAAGCUGUACCUGAGCCGAGCCAAGCUGAAGGCUUCCAGCCGGACAUCAGCUCUGCUUUCUGGAUUUGCUAUGGUGGCCAUGGUAGAAGUGCAGCUGGAUAAUAGCUAUCCUUACCCCCCUGCUCUCCUCAUUGCCUUCAGUGCCUGCACCACUGUGCUUGUUGCUGUUCACCUGUUUGCUCUGAUGGUCAGCACCUGCAUCCUGCCCAAUAUAGAGGCUGUCAGCAAUGUCCACAACCUCAACUCUGUUAAGGAGUCUCCACACGAGCGAAUGCACCGACACAUUGAACUGGCGUGGGCUUUUUCGACAGUAAUAGGUACUUUACUCUUCCUAGCCGAGGUGGUUUUACUCUGCUGGGUAAAAUUUUUGCCCGUUAAGCCCAACAAGUCCAGCAAUAGUACAGUUUCAGCUGGUGUAGCUGCUGCUAUUACCUCCACAUCUAUUAUGGUCCCCUUUGGUUUAAUCUUCAUAGUCUUUGCAGUGCAUUUCUACCGCUCCUUGGUAAGCCAUAAGACGGACAGACAGUUUCAGGAACUGGAGGAGCUUUCUAAUCUCACCAGGCUACAAAACGAGCUGGACAACAGAGGGGAGCCUUCCAUCCUGCAGUCCCCAAGCUCACAUUACCCAUAGUGAAGUAUGGUGGAGACUUAACACUGGAGACAUUUCAACAAUAACUUGAAGUCCUGUCUGUUGCCUGCUGAAUCUAUUAACCUGUUUAUAUUUGUUAAUACACUUUUGUUGUGUUCUUUUGUCUUUACUCUUUAGUCUUAUUUACUGUGUACAUUUCUUGUAAUCUCCACCAUCUUUGUAAUGCUUGCUGUUAGUGUUGACUGACUCAACAGCUCCUAAAACAACAGUAUUAUUUGUCUAAUAUAUUUGCUGACAUCAAAACCGACACUGUUUUGCCAAGUGGCAUUCAGAAUUUCAAAAAUAAAUUGAAUGUACUUUUUGAAAACAUUGUAUUUUGAAUGUAAUCAUUGCCGCUUACCGUUUAUGCAAGUUAAACGCAUCACAUUUAGAAUGCCUUGCGUAUAAAAUUGAUUUUUAUGUUAUACAUACUUUUACAUUUGAACCUUCAUACCCUAUGCUGGAUAACUAACCAAGCCGGCCCUCUCUCGUGAUGAUUUGUCAUAUUUAUUCUCUUGGCUUUUAACAAUUGAUAGACAAAUCUCCCUCACAUUAUAACCUCAUGUAUUUGUAUUAGCAGUCCUGAUGGAGUACUUGUUGUUAUUAUUAGGGAUAAGUGUUUCUCUGUGUGUCAUUUUAUAAAGUCUGAGCACUCCACUUGUCUCUUCAAUCCUGAAUUAGCAUGUUGCUUUCAUCAUUUACUCCUUAAGUUCCCAUGAAGUGCUUUUCAAUCAUUCUGGUACUUUUCCUAAUUAAAUUAAGCUUGGUUUUUAAUCCCAACCAUUUCGAGGAAGGGAUCAAUCUGAGUUAGCAGUCUGUAUUGGAAGAGAUAGUUCAGAAGUAAAAAUGUAUGUAGUUUGAUGUUGAUUGGUGCCAUCAUAUUGUCAGAGUGCAGUGUAUGAAAACACAGUAAUGGUUAAUAUUUGAUCAGUCCAUUGAAUAAAAAAUAUGUGAAUACUGAAGUUA